AUGCAGCCAGUGGCUCCUCCCACUUCAAGCAUGGUGGUGCUGUUGCUUUCCCUGACGCUGCUAGCGUUUGCUGGUGCUGCACAAGCCACCGCCGAUAGCCUGCCAUCAUACCACUUUGGCGCGCCCAUCUCAGUGGAAUGCCUGAACAGAAGCUCAGAAACCGGGGAGCAUAUCGAGCUUCCAAACCACGAGCUCCAAUGGAUCCCCUUCCCAACCUGUAACGAAACGGGCAAGUCCCUCGAGUUCAACUAUGGCAUCGAGACGGAGCUCAACUGCACGAUUCCUAUGAUCACGGACCCAUUCUUCCACCUACUCGAGUUCUACAUUCAUUCGGACGCGCCUCUGUCGUGCCGCCUGCCGUCGAGACCGUGGCCGCACGUCGAGGCGGUGGGCGAAAAGCCCUUCAAGAUGGAGUACAUACCGCUUGUCUUCGCGCUGGCUGGCACGCUCCAGCUGUCGCACCUGCACAUCAGCACGCACCUCAACGUCCUGCUGCACAGCACGCCCAAGCACCACAUCCACCCGCACGACAGCGGCGUGCUGGAUUCGGGCGCCGCGUACAGCACCUCGCCGCUCAGCCACAUUACGGGCCCGGCCGCUCAGACAAGGCGGCUCGUUAUUGGCGACCCGCUGCCGCUUAGCUUCAGCGUGAGGUGGUUUCCCACCCCGGCCCUACCAAAGACGGAGGGCCAUGUCGAAUGGCAGGGCAUGGGAGGGCACGUCUACGCCAGCACCGUGUUUUAUGCCAUAUCUGCGUUCCUGGCGGGAAUGACAUGCUCCUGUGUCUAUUUCUGGGGCUAUGUGCUGCCUAGAAGGCUCCGUGGCAGGGCGCUGGGUGGAGCUACGCCAUUGGGGCAUGGACUGAGCAAUGGUGUUGGGAACGGCUGGGGUAUGGCUCCAAUCAAGAGGGCAAUAGACUAA